CGGUUUUUGCAAUUGAUGCAGCACGAGUAAAACGUAUGUAAGCUCUAGCGAGCCCCCCAGUCGAUAAUGAUUAUUUAAGUAUAAACCUCUAUAUGUGUGCAGCACACGGCAAACGGCUCUGUGCUUUGCGAAUUGCGCCUAAAUGUAGUACUUUUAUUCUUUCUCUCUUGUUUGAGUUACGGCCUAUAUUAAGAACACACACAUAGUGGAAUUGAAAUUCGACGCCGCUGCGAGUGUGAAUACCCGGCCGCCAGCUUAUCUGACACUUUUUUUCUCAACGCAACGGCGAAUUUUGCGCCGGUGUCCGAUAGGAAGCCGAGGCUCCGCAAACUUUUCUGCUAUUAUAUACAUGAUAACAAUAUAUAGUAGUGGAGUACCGCGAGACUGCAGCCCCUUUCGCCUUUUCAGUGUCUUAAAAUCUAUGCAUGUUUACUUUAUACAAACAAAAGAACGCACAGACAUCAAUAAUUCGCGAACAAAAAACAAGUAUAGGCGGUUUUGUUAUGGAUAAAUAAACGCUCGGGCUCGCGCGAUAAUACGAUCGCGACGGUGUGCAGCGGCUACGGCGUUAUUAUGAGGUUAUUUUCAUGUCGCAGUGCGUGAACAUUGUGUUUACGAAAUUGAUUAAACACAGAGUGUUGAGCGGAAAUUGGGACGGAAAAGGCCGCCAGUGUCCGGCAGCCAGCGGAAAUUCGCACGGAAAUGACCGGCAACAGUAGCAGUAGCAGCAGCAGCGGCGGCGACGAGGGUAACAAUUCGCCCUCGUCGUCGUCCAAGGGCUCGAACAAUCCGUCCGGCCAGCGCCAUCGACGAAGCAACACAUCCUCGGGUGGCGGUGGUAGUGGUGGCCCUGGGGGUGCAGGUAGUGGUGGUGGUGCUGGCGGCGGCGGCGGUGGCUUCGUCAAGGAUCGCUACUUCAAAGCAACAAAAUACGGCCCUUGGUCCUACGGCCUGUCGAUAGACCAGGACUGUCAGAGAUAUCGCCAGGCGCUCGAGUGGAUCAUGAACUUUCAGGAUCGCGUCAUACUCGACAACGAGAGUCAAAGCCUUAUAUUUUCGUCGAGAGCCUCGGAGCAGGCCUUCUUCAGAGCGACCUAUUACCCGUGGAAUGGUAUCAAUUGCUCCAGAACGCUGCUCGCUGAGUGGGUCAGCAAGGCAUGGAGACAGAUGAGGGUGGACUAUCGCAGGCUCAGGCAUGCUCCUAAUGGUGACUUCAUGAGCAUUCUACAAACAAUUGAUGCACCAUCUACACAAGAAAUGAUCGAUGAAUUUGAGAAUUUGUUUCAAAGUAUAAUGGAUUUCUUAAAGGAAAACAAAGAUCAUGAAAGAUAUAAUCAAAUAAAAUACGUACGGGAACUAUUUUAUCAAGGCAGUGUUGGCGUACCAUGGGCAGCACUGAGAUACACCAUAAUGACUCCAACGACAUUCAGAAAUAUGAUCAAUUGGUUUCAUAGUAAAUGGCGUUCAGAUAACAAUAGAAAAAUCCUGUGCACUGUAUUUAGACAUUUGAUGAAAUCUAGCAAUCCUCCUUAUGAGCCACCUGCUUAUAUUCCACUCACAUCUACACGUUUGAUACCUGAGUACACACCUGAUCCAGAUCAAUUCAAACCAAAGCGAAAUCAAUCAAGAUCUCCGUCGCCAACUCGUGAGCAUCAUAAAAGCAAAAAACACAAGGAAGCAUGAAUUCUUAUGCGUAUCCACUGUAUAAAUGUUUGUCAAAUAUUCUAUUCUAUUAACAUUUGCAGUAAGCUGUUAAUAUAUAAGAUUGGCUAUUUUAAUUUGUUACAAUUAGGUUAUUAGUUAAUUUUUUAUCUUAUACGACAUUUUUGAACAUAUGAAAGCCAAAUUAUUUAAAUUAUAGUUCCAUUGUAAAAAUUUUUAAUUUCUAUUACUUUUUCAUUAUACUUACUGUUAUAAGUACAUUAAUAAACUAGAGACGAAAAGAGUAUUGCAA